AUGCACACACGCACAAGACAUCCAGGUGACAGGAGCAUAUUUCUAUCUUUUUUAUCUCUCAUCGUAUUUCUUUCUUUCUUUCUGUCAUUUUUCUUUCUUUCUAUCUCAUAUUUCUAUCAUUUUUAUCUAUCUAUCUAUCUAUCUAUCUCAUCAUAUUUAUAUUUAUCUGUCAUAUUUCUAUCUAUCUAUCUAUCUAUCUAUCUAUCUAUCUAUCUAUCUAUCUAUCUCAUAUUUAUAUUUAUCUCUCAUAUUUCUUUCUAUCUAUCUAUCUCAUCAGAUUUAUAUUUAUCUCUCAUAUUUCUUUCUAUCUAUCUAUCUAUCUAUCUAUCUAUCUAUCUAUCUAUCUAUCUAUAUAUAUAUAUAUAUACCUGUUCACAUCUCUAUCUAUCCAUAUAUCUUUCUAUUAUUGUUUCUUUCUAUCUAUUAAUGUUCAUAUCUAUCUAUCUAUCUAUCUAUCUAUCUAUCUAUCUAUCUAUCUAUCUAUCUCAUCAUAUUUAUAUUUAUCUGUCAUAUUUCUAUCUAUCUAUCUAUCUAUCUAUCUAUAUAUCUAUCUAUCUAUCUCAUAUUUAUAUUUAUCUCUCAUAUUUCUUUCUAUCUAUCUAUUUAUCUAUCUAUCUCUCUCAUCAGAUUUAUAUUUAUCUCUCAUAUUUCUAUCUAUCUAUCUAUCUAUCUAUCUAUCUAUCUAUCUAUCUAUCUAUCUCAUCAGAUUUAUAUUUAUCUCUCAUAUUUCUAUCUAUCUAUCUAUCUAUCUAUCUAUCUAUCUAUCUAUCUAUCUAA